AUGGGGUUCACGCACCAUGCCAUGAUGCUGUCUGUCACCAUGAUCCACGUGGUUUCAGCUAUGAGCUUUAUGACUCCUGAGCCCGAUACACCACCAACACCAUCCCCAGACUCUUACCCUCUGGGUGACCUAAUCCAUGCUGCUCUCCAGAGUAAGCAAUACCUAGGGCAGGCCUCUGCUUCCACAGGUACCACCACUAAUCCGACACAGGCUGUGCCGGGGCUUGGGCAGGCUGAAACAACAGCCACAGCUAUAUCACCAGGGCUUCUCACCACGGCUAUAAGUUCCUCUCCAGCCUCUGGCCUGGACAGUUCCAGGGUUCCCAUGUCCAUGCUGCCCAUGGAAGAGGAGACAACCACCACUCUGAUCACUACAACCACCAUAACCACCAUGCACAUGCCAGUACAAUGCAAUGCCACUUUGUCAGCCAUGGAGGAUGUUGUCGAGUCACCAGAUCCGACAUCAUCAUCCUCCUAUUCCCCUCUGGAAUGCACCUACAGCAUUACUGUGUAUCCAGGGUAUGGUGUUGAAAUUCAGGUGAGGAAGUCAGAUCUCUCAAAAGAAGAGUCUCUGAUGAUUAUGGGUUACGGAGGUUCAGCACCAGAACUAUUAGCCAAUGAGACCCUUGUGAAAGAGGGACAGGUGAUUCGCAGCACUACCAAUCAGGUGUACAUUCACUAUCGUAGCCUGCGACAGUCCAACCAUGGCACAUUCAACCUCCACUACCAAGCUUUUCUCCUGUCCUGCCCAUUCCCCAAGUCACCUGAGGGUGGCGGAGUGACGGUGACAGACAUCCAUCCUGGAGGGCAGGCCCACUUCCACUGUGAUCCAGGGUUCCAGAUUCGAGGCCAUGAGGUGGCAACCUGUGUCAACACAACACAGCCACACUGGAGCACUGCUGUGCCUCAAUGUGUUGUUGUGUCUUGUGGAGGGUGGAUUCGGAAUGCAUCAGUUGGACGGAUACUUUCUCCACCUCCUCCAUCUGUCAGCAACCAUACAAAUGGAAAUAAUCUGAGUUGCCACUGGCUGAUAGAAGCCAAAGAAGGACACAGACUCCACUUGCACUUUGAGAGGAUUGCACUGGAUGAAGAUGAUGACAAGUUAAUCGUGCGAAGUGGAAACAGUUCCCUGUCCCCUCCACUCUUUGACUCAGAUCUGGAUGAUGUCCCAGAGCGUGGGUUGCUGAGUGAGAGCUCCACACUGUACCUUGAGCUCACAGCUGAUUCUUCCUCCAUUCCCUUGCUGCUAGCACUGCGAUAUGAGGCUUUCGAUGACGAGCACUGCUGGGAGCCGUACAUCCCUCAUGGAAAUUUCAGCAGUAGUGACAUCACAUACCAGCUGGGCACCACCGUCAGCUUCACCUGCUCUCCGGGCUUCGUCAUGGAACAGGGUUCAGGGACCAUUGAGUGCAUCAACCCCAGCAAUCCCCACUGGAACGACAGCGAACCCAUCUGCAGAGCUCUGUGUGGAGGGGAGCUGACCGAGCCCACGGGCACCGUCCUGUCCCCUGAUUGGCCUCAGAGCUACUCUAAAGGGCUGGACUGCAUGUGGCAGAUCCAUGGUAACGAGGAAAAGCGCAUUGAACUGGAUGUGCAGAUAUUAAAUAUCCGCCACACAGAUGUGCUGACACUUUUUGAUGGGCGUGACCUCUCAUUACACGUGAUUGGCCAAUACCUGGGAUCCAAGGAGCGUUUCCAGGUUGUGUCCGGGGGAUCUGAAGUCACAAUUCAGUUUCAGAGUGAUCCAGAUGACUCCAGUUUCAUCCUGAGUCAAGGCUUUCUCAUCCAUUAUCGCGAGGUUGAGCCUAAUGAAACCUGCCCCACACUCCCUCAAAUUGAGUUUGGCUGGGUCAGCUCAUCCCACACUUCUCCUGUGAGAGGCAGCGUGCUGACCUACCAGUGCCAGCCCGGAUAUGACAUCAGCGGAUCGGACAUCAUCACCUGCCAGUGGGACCUCUCCUGGAGCAGCAGCCCACCCACUUGUGUGAAAGUCCAGCAGUGUCCUGAUCCAGGAGAGGUGGUAAACGGAGCACGCUCUGUGCGUCCCGAGGCAGGCUUUGCAGUUGGGACAGUUGUGCGUUUCUCCUGCAACCAGGGUUAUCAGCUGGAGGGUCCCAGCCAAAUCUCCUGCCAUGGGCGGGACACCGGCACCCCCAAAUGGAGUGACCGCAGCCCAAAGUGUGUCUUAAAAUAUGAUCCAUGCCCAAACCCUGGAGUCCCGGACAAUGGUUACCAAACCUUGUACAAGCACAGCUACCAGGCAGGAGAAACACUGCGAUUCUUCUGCUAUGAGGGCUAUGAACUUAUCGGUGAUGUCAUCAUCACAUGUGCUCCUGGCCAUCCUUCUCAGUGGAACAGCCCUCCUCCCUUUUGCAAAGUGGCUUAUGAGGAGCUUUUGGAUGAUCACAAAUCAGAAGUGUCCCAGUCUUUCGAGCCAUCCCAUCAGAUCCUGAGUGAAAACAUUGCUUUGGCAAUCAUUUUACCAAUCAUCCUGGUCAUCCUCCUGAUUGGAGGAAUAUACAUGUACUAUACAAAUAUUUGCAGACUAGAAUGGAAGCCGCUCUUCUGGAAAUCUCUUUCUCACACACACUCAUACAGUCCAAUAACAGUCGAAUCUGAUUUCAACAAUCCUCUUUAUGAAGCUGGGGACACACGGGAGUAUGAAGUAUCCAUU